CAGCGGCUGCAAAGAAAAAGAUUAUUUAAAAUUAGGAAAAGAAACCCCGAAAAGUAUCGGUUGGAGGAGGCAACGGAGAGGUGGAAGAAGCAAAGCAGCCAGCCAUAGGAAGAAGGCAAAAAAAAGACCUCGUCUCUCCCCUCAAAACCCCCUCUAUUUGCCAAAAAUUAUUUCCCCGUCCACCCCCUUCCUCCCUCCUUCCCUUCCUUUUCGAUGUCGGGAUAAUUUCCCCCAAGGGCCUCUUCCUAGACUUUUACCAUUCUCCCCCUCCAAAUUAGGAUCAGGUUUGGGUCAGGGUUUAUCCGUUGAUGCCCGGCCCUUCACCGUCUGCGAUGACGCAGCGCCGGAGAAGCCCCGCCAAAACACUAUCCUCCGCCCUCUCCUCCUUCCUGCUCUUCCUCGUGAUCGCCGCCGCCGCCGCGGCGACCUCGCCGGAGGCGGGUGCCCGCGGCGCCGAGAGGUCCGCCCUUCUCCAGCUGAAGAGCUCAGUCACCGACCCCGCCGGCCUCCUCCGCCCGUGGUCCGCCGCCCCUGGCUCCGACCCCUGCUCCUGGCCCGGCGUCUCCUGCGACGCGAGAUCCCGUGUCGUCUCUCUCAACAUCUCUGCCAGCGCGAGCGGCGGCGCUUCCCCUUCUGCUUCCUGCUCUCGAUCAGGGCCGUUCCUCCGGGGCUGCGCGGAUCCCCGCAGACGGUUGGCGGGGAAGCUGAGCCCCGCGGUGGGGAAGCUCUCCGAGCUCAGGGUUUUCUCCCUACCUUUCCACAGCUUGGACGGCGAGAUCCCCGGCGAGAUCUGGGUGCUGGAGAACCUAGAGGUGCUCAAUCUCGAGGGGAAUUCGCUCUCGGGCACCCUCCCCUCGCGGUUCCCUCCGCGUCUCCGUGUUUUGAAUUUGGCGUCUAAUCGGAUCCAAGGUGAGAUCCCACUCUCCAUCUCGAGCUCUGGAUGUCUAGAAACCCUGGACCUCUCUGGAAACCAGCUCAACGGUUCAAUUCCUCGGUUUCUGGGUAAUUUCACUAAAUUGAGAGAGCUGUAUCUCUCUUUUAACCGGCUCGAAGGGCCGAUCCCCGUCGAAAUUGGUGCUGGAUGCCUCAGCCUGGAGUACCUGGACCUGUCGGGAAAUCGACUGGUUAGAGGCAUUCCUCCUCAUUUGGGCAAUUGCACUGAGCUUCGAGCUCUGCUGCUAUUCUCCAAUCUUUUGGAUGGUUUCAUCCCUUCUGAUCUUGGAAGGCUCAGAAAGCUUCAAGUUUUAGAUAUUUCGAGGAACAGCUUGAGUGGCUUCGUGCCUGCGGAGCUUGGAAACUGCUUAGAAUUAUCUGUCCUUGUUCUUGUAAAUCUGCAUGAUCCAAUGCCUAGCAAGGACUUUUCAAACUACGUCGAUGAUGAUGAAUUCAAUAGUUUCGAGGAGGGUGGGAUUCCUGAAAACAUCACGGCCCUGCCGAAGCUUAGGGUUCUCUGGGCUCCAAGAGGGAUGCUGGAAGGGGAGAUUCCAAGCAAUUGGGGAACUUGUGAGAGCUUGGAAAUGGUUAAUCUAGGUCACAAUUUAUUCUCUGGAGGGAUUCCAAAGGUGUUUAGUCAAUGCAAAAAUCUUAAAUUUCUUAAUCUCAGCUUGAAUAAAUUGACAGGUUGGCUUGACGAAGAUCUUCCUGUGCCUUGUAUGUCUAUCUUUGAUGUCAGUGGGAAUCUGUUAUCAGGCUCCCUUCCGUCAUUUAGUAACAAACAGUGCCCUUCAUCUCAGUUCUCACCCUAUGAUCUGUCAUCUGCUUAUUCUACAUUCUUCAUGUAUGAGACUCAUAGGGGACUGUCCUUGCCUUCUUUUGAAUCUGCUGGUGACUUUGCAAUAUAUCAUAAUUUUGGUAAGAAUAAUUUCACAGGCACCCUGCCAUCUUUACCACUUGCUACCAAUAGAUACGGAAACCAGAGCAUUUAUGCAUUUCUUGUAGGACAGAAUAAUCUCAGUGGAUCGUUAAAUGCCAUUAUCUUGGAGAAGUGUGGGAACUUGAAUGGUUUGAUUGCAGACCUCAGUAACAAUAUGAUAUCUGGCGGAAUUUCAUCAGAAAUUGGUGCCACAUGCAGAUCUCUUAUGGUUUUUGAUGUAGCAGGUAAUAACAUUACUGGAACAAUUCCUGCAAGUCUUGGUUUAUUGGGUAAGCUUGUUAGUCUGGACUUGAGUAGGAACUGGCUUCAGGACCAGAUACCUGCAAAUAUUAGCCAGUUAAAGAGCUUGAAGUAUCUAUCGUUAGCUGGUAAUAACAUUAGCGGUCACAUUCCCUCCGGCUUGGCUCAGCUAGCAUCUCUUAAGUUUUUGGAUCUCUCGUCAAAUUCUCUCACUGGUGAAAUUCCUGGUGACUUUGCGAACUUGAGAAAUCUCACUGUCCUUCUGCUUAACAACAAUAAGCUUUCUGGAAAGAUUCCUUCUGCUUUUGCUAAUGUGACAUCACUUUCCAUGUUUAAUGUGUCAUUCAAUAAUUUGUCUGGGCCAUUGCCAUUGAAUGCCAGCAUGAUGAGAUGUGAUAGAGUCCUUGGAAACCCUUUACUCCAGUCUUGUCGGGCAUUUUCUUUUUCUAUUCCAGCUUCAGAUUCGGAAGGGCACAGUGGGAAUUCGCAAGCAUAUACGGAUCCAGCUCCAGGAAGCUCUCCUCCUAAGAAUGGCAAUAGUGGUUUCAGUUCUAUUGAGAUUGCCUCAAUUACUUCUGCAGCAGCUAUUUUUUCUGUCCUAUUAGUUCUGGUUGUCCUUUAUAUAUACACAAGGAAAUGUGCACCGAGGUCUGCUGUUCGGUCUGCUGGAAGAAGGGAAGUCACAGUUUUUGUGGACAUUGGGGUUCCGCUGACUUAUGAAAGUGUUGUUCAAGCCACAGGGAAUUUCAAUGCAAGCAACUGCAUUGGAAGUGGAGGCUUUGGUGCCACAUACAAGGCUGAGAUUUCACCAGGAGUCUUAGUGGCUAUAAAGAGACUUGCAGUUGGAAGGAUCCAAGGUGUCCAACAGUUCCAUGCAGAGAUUAAGACUCUUGGGAGGUGGCGACAUCCCAAUCUUGUGACUCUAAUAGGAUAUCAUGUCGGUGACACAGAAAUGUUUCUCAUUUAUAAUUAUCUGCCAGGGGGUAAUCUGGAAAGGUUUCUUCAGGAAAGAUCGAAGAGACCUGUGGAUUGGAGGAUGCUUCACAAGAUUGCUUUAGACAUUGCAUGUGCACUUGCUCAUCUGCAUGACCAUUGUGUGCCCCGAAUCCUUCAUCGGGAUGUUAAACCAAGCAAUAUUUUGUUGGACAAUGAAUUCAAUGCUUAUCUAUCUGACUUUGGAUUGGCAAGGCUUUUAGGAAAUUCCGAAACGCAUGCAACCACUGGUGUGGCUGGAACUUUUGGGUAUGUCGCUCCAGAAUAUGCAAUGACUUGUCGUGUCUCUGACAAAGCAGAUGUGUAUAGCUACGGUGUGGUGCUCCUGGAAUUAAUUUCAGACAAGAAAGCUUUGGAUCCCUCCUUCUCUCCAUAUGGUAAUGGUUUCAAUAUCGUUGCUUGGGCAUGCAUGCUGCUGCAGAAAGGCCGGGCACGUGAGUUUUUCACCGAAGGGCUGUGGGAUGUGGCACCCCAUGAUGAUUUGGUAGAAACCUUACACUUGGGGGUCAAGUGUACAGUUGAUUCACUUUCUAUUAGGCCAACAAUGAAGCAAGUUGUUCGACGGCUAAAGGAACUUCAGCCUCCACGUUGCAGAACCAAUAAUAACAUGUUCACACUUAGAAAGCCUCAGACAAGUUCUGCAUGAAAUGAGAGGUUUUUGAUAUAGAUGCAUGCUGCUUUAUGCAGAAUAAGUUUGCAGUUUCUUCAUAUUAUGAUGCCUCAAAUGAUAGAAAGCAAGUUGUUGAGGUAUGACAGCAGGUGAUAUUGUAUGGAUGCAUGCAAUCUGUUAGUUCUGCAGGAACCGAGGCAUCCUAAGUUCUUGAGUGCCCUGGAGUAAAAGCAGGUCCAUGUGUCAUUGUUGUACUAGUCCCAAUCAGCCAUAUUUCUCAUACCAUAUCAAUCCAAUAUGUAAUAGUCUGGCACAACCCUGGCAACGAGAAUUGUACCAUACGGACACUACUGGUUGGGUAUCGGCACGGGUACCCAGCCUGGUUUUUCAUGUAGGUAAGCUGCAGGAGGAUCUUCAAGAGAACUGCUUGCAAAAAUCCUGCAUGAGACGACAGCUACUUGCACAUGGCACAUACACUGCAUCCCAUUGUUUGGAUGGUUGGCAGGAGGACGAGUCACAGAUAUGUUACUCUUCGCAGGCGAUGCUCCUGAUAUCAGGUUCUGGUUUUUUUGUGACACAGACUGCUUUCUUGGGUGAGAAAAGAAAACAAUGAUGGGUUCCUCCAGAAGCAUUGAAUUCCAAUUUUUGUGAACUUAGACAGAUGAAAUAACCAUCGCUUUUUUCUGCCAUAGGAAAUGACCAAAAUCAGUGCUGACUUUUUUCUGCAAGGCAAUAUAAUAUAUUUGUGCAGUCAAUUGGACCGGCAUUUGAGGGGUGAUUUGAAGACUGCCUCAAAUCAGUUUUCUUGCAGCUGCUAGUAACAGAAUACAUUGCCCUAAGGACAAACUUUUAUCUAAGAAACUCCUAUCUGUUACUUAAGGUAACCGGAUGGAGUUAUGCCUAUCUGGUGUAUGAUCAGUUUAGCAUCUUGACCGCAUGCUCGGUUUGGUUUGUGAUCAGACCAGGAGAUUACCCUAGUCUUUGUAAUGGUCAAAACAACUUCAUCCUUUGUUAACCUUUUUUUUCAGAGUGCGCUGAUGCCUGCGACUCUUGCCAUCAAAUGCAUAAUAUUUGUUUGCCAUGUUUCCAUUCUUGCUGAUAGAUUAGGCCUAAGCAGAAAAUGGUGGAUCAGUGUAUAUGUCCAGUCAUUGUAAGCUGUUUCUUUUUUUCUCGGUGGCUGUAUUGGUUCUUCUAAAUCCCGAAGGAACGAGGUGAACGCAAAUUUAUGUUCUUAGCUCCAUUCAGUUGAGUCAUUGUUCUAUAUGUUUUGCCAAAAUCGCCUUUCGUGGCCCAAUUAA